CUUGCAGAGUAUGUCCAUACCUUGCAGAGGUAUGGAAUGAGGAAAAACCCUGUUUUGUGUGUGUGACUUAAGCAUCUACAUGAUUCUGACUUGCCAGUUUUGCCUAAUCAUGGAUUGAGUUAGUCUGUGCCUUAAACAUAGCAUUCCUAACUGCACCCUGCUUGGCUGUCUGUCAUAUGCCAGUAUUGCUCAUGUCUUUUAGUUCCCCAACCGUCUUAGCCACUUUCCUGUUAUUUCAUUCCUUCCCCCUCUUCCCCUUUCGUUAUCUCCAAAAUAUUUCCCUCACUUUCAGUGCCCAGGCUGUCCUCCCAACGUCAGUUCUGUCGUCACUUACCUGCCUUCACCUUGCCUCGCCUACUUAUCACCUCCUAUACUGUCACUCUCAUCUACCUGUCCCACACUGGCCCCACUGCCCAGACCGGAAAGGAAGCGCCGAAUCGCUCUCAAGCCCGAACCUUCCCCGGCGAGGCUCAGCGGAGGAGCUUGAAGAACGCUUCAUCGCGCUGUUUUCACGGCUUCCCCCUUCCAUUUUCACACGAUCCUACAAAACCACCACCCCUUUUAGCCUCUCCGUGAGCACCAGAAUCGCUUGUUGCCUCCAGUCUAGAGGAGAGAUCUCCCAGCGAAGGAAAGAAGAAAAGGCCUUGGCCAACAGCUGCUGGUGUCUGCCGUGGACGCAUUUAGACCCCGGCCGUAUCUCUCUCUGGAGACUUUGUGCCUAUGCUUGGGGACAGAGCGAGGUCGUUGCCUUGACGACGACAGCAUGCGGCCCGCAGUCCUCUUGAGUGUGAGCUUGCGGCGGGUUGAGGCCAAUCAGCCUACCUGCCUGCUUCACCUGAAACCCGUGACUGUGUCCGCGGAAGAAAUAAAGACAAAAGUGGAAUUGCUAGUUUGCUAGUCAGCAUCUUUUAGACCUGCGAAGGAGAUGCUCUUCACCUCAAUUUUAUCUCCAAGUUGAAAACCUUUGGACUUUCCACGCGGAAAGAUUUAAAAGAAACA